AUGAGUUGGCAAGAAGCUGCAAAGGCUGCCCAGCAGUCUGUCAUUGUCUCCAUCCCCGCAAAAUGGAGAAUUGCCCCGGAAAUCUUGGCCGCAAAACCAAUCAAUGUCAGCAAAGUCAUUGAAGAAAACAAGCUUCUCAAUGCGAAACAACUCGAGAUUACGUCCAAGGAUGGCACUGAAAUUUUGGAAAAUAUCCAAAAAGGAGCUUGGACCGCCACUGAGGUAGCGGAUGCGUUUUGUGCGAGGGCUGCUCUUGCGCACCAGUUGACAAAUUGCCUUAUUAGUUUCUUUCCAGAUGAAGCACUUGCGCAAGCUGCUCAACUCGACAAGACUUUUAAAGAGACUGGUAAACUCGUCGGGCCGCUGCAUGGGCUGCCCAUUUCCAUCAAGGAUACGUAUCAUGUAAAAGGAAAGGCAUCUACACUUGGAUACGUGACACUCAAGGACAACGUUGUGGACGAUGAUGCAGUCGUGGUGCAGUUGCUCCGUGAAGCUGGCGCCGUCAUUCAUUGCAAAACAACAAUGCCCCAAGCCGGCAUGGCCCUUGAAACAGCGAGCAACCUCUGGGGUGUAACACUGAACCCUUUCAACACCAAUUUCGGCGCCGGCGGCUCAUCCGGAGGUGACGGAGCUCUCAUCGCCAUGAGAGGCGCUGUGACAGCACCCAUGACAGAUAUUGGGGGCAGUAUUCGCUCCCCGGCUGCGUUUAACGGGCUCUAUGCUAUCCGCCCUACGGCUGAUCGCAUGCCCAAGACGGGAAUGCACAGCUGGAACCCGUCUCAGAUGUCUAUCCGGGUGUCGUGCGGUCCGGGAACUCACACCAUGCGUGACUUGAAGAAGAUGACUCCGGUGUUGAACGGUGCCAAUGCGGCGUUUGAUAUAAGUUGUGCGCCAGUACCGUGGCGAGAUGUUCCCCCAUCCAAGGAAAAGUUGACCAUUGGGCUGUUGGCAUAUGACGAGGUAGUUAUGCCUCAUCCCCCGGUGAUAAGGGCGUUGAAGGAAACUGUUGAGAAGCUGGAAGCGGCAGGUCAUGAAGUCAUUGAGUUUAAGCUACCAUUCUCGUCAUGGGAGAUCAAGCAGAGGACUUUCAAUUUAUACUUCCAAACCGGCUGCGCAGAGCAAAAGGCUCUUAUGAAAGAAACCGAUGAGCCCAUGCUGCCCGUAUUCAAGCACUACCUCGAUACCUUCAACGUCCGCCCCCUAGCCGCAACAGAAUGCCUCAAACUGAACCGUGAACUUGUCGCCAACAAGCUCCUCUUCCGCGACGCAUGGGACAAGACCGCCCAGUCCACCACCUCAAGGAAGCCUAUUGACGCUCUGCUAUGUCCCGUCGCGCCGUCUCUCAGCAUUCCGCAUGACUUUCCGAUUUGGUGGGGAUACACUAGUUUGUUCAAUUACCUGGAUUACCCAUCUACUGUGCUGCCGUGCCGAAAGAUGAAGGUUGAUCCUGUUUUGGAUGCGAAGGAUCCUGUAUUCAAGCCUAACGAGGGUUUUGCAGACUUUGAUAAGUUGAAUUGGGACAUGUAUGACGUUGAAAAGUUUGCAGACUCACCCAUUACGAUACAGCUUGUUGCGAGGCCAUUCAAGGAUGAGGAGCUACUAAACAUGUCCGAGGUUGUGGAUGGCGUGAUCAAUGCGUAG